CUGAAUGAUGCAUGAUUUGACUUUGAUUGCUAGGUUUUUUUUCUUUGCUAUUGUAGUGAGCAAGUGAAUGAUGAUGUAGAAGAUUUCAUGGAACAAUUAAAUGCAAGCCAUAUAGCCAAGAGAUGACGAGAAAUGCCGAGAGGGAGCAGGAGGCCGAGGAGGUGGAUAUGCCGGACCCCCAAACAUUGAAAAGGAGGAGUAAGUCAUUCAACUACAACACCGAGGAAGAUGAAGCUUUUUUUUUGUGGGGAGGAAGAUGAAGCUUUGUGGUGGCGGUAAUGGUGGUGCCGGCGCGAGACCGUGAGGCCAUUGUGAACUAUGAUUACUUUUGGUCCACCAUCUGUUUGGUGGAUUUCUUGAAAUGAACUUGAUCAUUUGGUGCCUUUUGGCACAAAUUAUGUUUAUAUUCAUUGGUUUGGAUGAACUUUAUUCAUACUCGUAGAUGAACCGUGAUGUGGUGGAUUCGGUUUCUUUAUGUUUGUUUUAAUACAUGAUGAAGUUGUUUCAAUUGUUUGAGCGAACGUCGGAUAACUUGGCAAAAGAAAAUUUAGGGAGUAAGUUUUAGAGAACAUGGUAGAUAAGAUUUCCUGAAAUAUAACUUUUUCUGAGAUGUGGAAUACGUCUUGUAAUUUUUGGGUAGGGAAUAUGCUGAGGUUCUCUAACUAUCUCUUACGAGACUAGAAGUAGAAUUACAUGCACUCCCAGUCUUUUGUAUUGGUAAUGUUACCCCGUAAAAAAAGACAUUUGCUGGGAGAGGGGUGGUAAGCGAAUGCCAUUUGAUAGCAGUUUUAGUUCUGAAGAAAAAUCAAACUACGGCAGUUUUUAAACGAGAAAUAUCUUCUCUGAAGAAACUGGUACGUCGCUCCAAAGAAACUGCCACCCUCUCAAAAAUAAAAACGCCACCUAAAACGUUGGCAUAUGCCAUCCUACAUGGCGAACGUUCGCCGGUUCGUGAGGGUCCUUUGUAUUUUACACAUGGUGGUUUUCGUCGGUUUGGAUAAACGAGACGCCAUGUUUGUAGGAUCUCCGGCGCCCUUUUCUGUUCACCCUCCCUCUCAUCCUCGCACGCCUCCAAACAGGGAGGCGGUUGCGCUCCGCAACAAAGGCGAUCACACCAUGCAUGCACACUACUCCAGUGACUGAUGCAGCGAGAUAAACAACCAACACAUCCCCGGCCGGUUACUUGUUACCCCGGUUAACGCAACACAGAAGCUCCCAUGGCCACCGUGACCUCCUCCUCCCCCUCGUGCCCCAAGCCCAAGGCCGCCAAGCCGGCCAGGUACUGCCUGUGCGCGCCAACGACGCACCCGGGCUCCUUCCGGUGCAGGCUACACCGCCCGACGGCGGCCAAGGCGGCGCCUUCUUCGGAGCCUGAGGCGGCCAAGGAAUCGGUUGAGAGGAAGGAGGCGGUGGCGGCGGCCGCCGCGCGCGCAUUGCUCGGGCGGGUGGCGCGGGCGCCCGGGCGGGAUGCUGGGAGGAUCAAGGGGUUUCAGCCUGGUCCUUCCAGGCUACGGAUCAUGGACAGGACGGUUGAGUCGGUGCAGACCGCAGAGGACGUAGUCUCCGUCUCCGUCACAUGAUGAAGUGCUAUGCAAUAUUUGCUUUGAAUCGGAUCGUGUUGUAGUACGUGUUAUAGCUAGUGUUUAGUUUGGCCUAGGGUUGGUUGGAUGUAAUGUACUAAAAGGAUUGGGAACUUUGGAGUGCGGAUUGAAGUUCGGAAUAACCAUUCGUGGU